AUGAUCCCGAAAGUCAUCAGACGUCAGCACAAAGGCUCCGUAUCGCCAAUAAGCUGCGUCCUCUUCCUUGCACAAUUUUAUGAUCUACAGCGGAUGGACCCUCUGCUGGCCUCUUCUAUUCUCUCCGAACACAUAGAGCCCAUCAGCGAUCGUGUCGUGCAGCUGCUUCGAGACUCGCCUCAUCAGCUCCUACUAGAAGUUGAUGUUCGUAAUGUCGUACAUAGCAUGUUUAAGGGAAAUCUUAAGCGAGGCCAGACUCAAUUCCGACGCUGCCGUGAUAAACUGGAGAGGGAGAAGAAAAUAGAAGUCGUGAAAGUGUGGAGUGCUGAGCUGAAAGUAUACCGCAAGGCGAUAUGCAUUUAUGGAACUCAUGUCGACACCAACGAUAUUUCGCUCACGCCACAAUUCGCUGAUAUGGGUGCUCAAGAGGAAGAUGAUGGCCUCCUCUCUUCCACACCACGAAGAGAGAGUGCUCCGACUUCUAUUCGAGGGCUAGAGUCGCCGAAGACAACGAGGUCAGAAGGAGAUGAGGAGUACGCCAGCAGUGAGGGGAUGAAGACACCGAAGAAAAAUAAAUGGGUUGGUGUUGGCACAUUUUUCCGUGGUCACGUUUCUCCUGACAUUAUUGCCGAUUUGGUGCGAGCAUCGGGCUCUAAGGGAUUCACUAAUGCUGAAAUAUCGAAGCAAUUGCCGGUUGAUAAGAAGUUCACAGAGAGGGCCUUGGACUGGACCCUCAAGGAAUACCCGGAGAUCCGCAAGGACAAGGACACUAGAGGGAAGGUGUCGUUCUGGGUAUAUCGCUUCGGUCAACCAGAGGACGAGAAGCCCCGUGCUAUGCUCGAGGACCAGUUCGUGCCUAUUAUAGGGGAUGAAGAUGAGAUGCCUGCGGUUCUUAAUCUAGAGGGUGGUCUCUCAGCGCUAGGCAGGGAGCGGGCUGCCCGUACAUUACGUCUUGUGAGGGAACAUGGGGUAUUGUCGGUGGUCGAUCUUGGGAGAGCAAUCGAUGCGGAGGAGGGAAGAGGGACUAAAAUCGACAGGAAGACUCUCACAAAGAUCGCUGAUAAAGUGGUGGAGUACGAGCCUAUGCUGAAGAAAACAUCUACAAUGUACCGAUCACAAGACGUAUCAGUAGUGUACUGGGGUAGCGCUUGUACCGAAGAGGAAGCACAACAACGAGUCACUGCAGCACUACAGUUGAAGCACAGCGAGCUCACUAGUAGUAGUGCUAUAAAGAAGAGGAAGAGGGACUCGCUAGCAUCCGAACUCAAGUCCGAAGCUGAUGAGGAUGCAGUGACAUCAGCAGCAGCGGCGUUGUUAGGUGGAGAGUUUAGUAGUCCUGAAAUCCCGACUGAGAAUGCUCUCGCGACGCAAGCACUCUUCCCAAUCGUCGCUAGCAGUGUCGAUGUGGCCCAUGCUGGUCCUAGGAGGAGAACAGUGAACGAUCUCAACGCGGCUGCAGUGUAUCGUCCGCCUACUAUAGGGAAGACAGCGAGCCGCUGUGGAGGGACGUUUAGUCAGAACGUCUGCGUCCAUUACGGCUAUGUCGGAGCCAUAAUGCUACGGUGCAAGUAUCUUCAUCAAUUCCUCCUGAAGAACAUGAGGGCUGCAUGGUUCAAUGCAGAGGAGCAAGUCGUCGUUAUCGCCAUCUUCCCGACAGUGAUGGUCAGUAUCGUCGGCUGUGGUAUUCCUCAUCCAUAUUUGGACGAAUACCUUGUGUCGGGUUCACGCUCUAACUUAAAAGUUGGGGACUUGCCUCAAGACGUGAAAGACCAUCUGACCAACCCCUUCACCCUCAGUGAUGCUCGCAAUAGGAGGGCUAAGAGCUUCGCUCAGAUCAAGCAGUUGUUGUCCCUGCUUGUACGCCUCAACCUCGUUAGAGUCGGUAAGGCCUCUGAGGUCGACCAAGGUCAUCACCCUGGAGGAGAUAGUGUUCUAUACUACGCUCACGAUAAGGUAACGCUAAAGCCCUUCCUGCCCGCUUCGGACGCGCCGGACUCAUUACUACAAGAGAUCAGCGAAUCGGAACACGACCCUGACGGUGAAGAAUAUAUUUUCUUCGACCCCGAAGAGCUCCCUCCGUCAUCGCCCGGUGCUGACAACAGAGACAUUAUGGAUGCAUGUGAGGACUUUUGGAACACCUUGCAGAGGAACUCGCUACGUUGGCGUCGGAAGGUUAUGAAUGCGGUGGAGAAGGUCAAUGAGCAACAGGAAGGAGAGAAGAAGCCGAAGACCAAGCAUUCCUCUGAAGUCUUCUCUAAGGGAAGAGGCCAACUGCCCGCUGGAUGUGACGUGUCCGAGCUGUUCUUCCGCAAGAAUUGGACUGGUACAUUAUACGUCUCUGCAACCCAAAGAAAUGCUUUGGAGCAGCUGUUGAAGCAACUGUCCGAGGAGCCCGUCGAUGAGUCCUACCUGGUGAACGGUGUUAGAGUAGUGGAUGCCUCGAAUCCACUCGUUAAAGCAACUUGCCUCGAGCACAACAUUGAUCUCCAUGUUGCACUCAAAUACCUCCGCCGGAGGGUCCUCCUCAGUGGCGAGAAGGGCGAUAAAUUCAAGCAAACUGUCGACUUCGUGCCAGUCCAUGCGGUCCGCUACAAAUGCCACAUAUGUCACUUCCUCACUAGCCACCGUGUGGCCAUACUCAGUCACUACCGAGCCCGGCAUGGUUACGAGCAGCUGCCUGAUGACCCGACCCUCUACACUGCUAAGCACUUCAUUCAGACGGUUCUCAAUAGUGCUGGAGCCACCUCCAGGCAUAACUAUAAGGAACUCAUAAGCUCCCAGGCUCUCACUGAUCAGCCGAGGCCUCACAAGCGUAGGAGGAGGAACAGAUCACAGGCAAUGCAGCAGUUGGAUGAGGUGCAAGCAGAGGACGCCCCUGUAGAGGGUAGCGGAGGUACACCAGAUCCCCAUCUAUCGUCCUUCGAGAUAGCCCUGUUCAAGUUCUACUUGGCUACAGCUAAGAAGCUCGUCGACUAUAGAGAGCCUGCUAUAAUCACGAGUGAGGUUCCAGAGCCCAAUCACAGGAUUUGGAGUAUAGUGGCAGCUAUUGUGGGCAAGACUCCACAGGAAGCCUAUCGGCUAGCACUACGUUCGGCUAGGGGUAGGACGACUAACAAGUCGGGUAUGAGCCAUGGCGUGUACAACUACCUCCCGCUGGGUUAUGAGAGCUCUACUGCGCCUAUUAAUGUGGUGCCUUCUUAUCUUAAUGCCACUAAGGAUCUACUCGGGGACUCCAUUCUAUCGGCUCUAACUCGUAUGAUCUUGCUGACGCCUAAUAGCUCCUAUAGCAGCCAUGCUACGCGUCAUUCACUCUUCCGCAUGGGGUAUAAGGAGGAAGACAUCCGAAUGAGCUUCCAACUAUGGCAUGCUAGAGGGAUGGUGGGCAGAGCCCGUCGAGCUGAUUUCGCCGGCAGGAAAUUUAUGCUCUCCAACAUAGCACGCAUGGCCGUGUACGGAAAGGCUGCUGAUAUAUCCCUCUUACGUGAUGGCCUGGCCUGCUUAGAAGGCGACGCUGACUCGGCCGGAGUGGUACAUGCUGAACCAAGCGGUAGCUGGAUGCAGGUACUAGCUAACUGUGUAGCUCAAGGGAGAGUCACGCUGGACUGCAUUUGGUUUCCGGAGGCUACUACCAAGGCUCCACCGGCUGCUGCGGGCAGCGAUGUGUCGAUACCUAAUGUACAAGAAGAAGAGGAGGAGGAACACCAGAGUGAUGCGGAAGACGAUGAGCUGAUGGAAGAUAAUGACGAUAAUGAAGAGGGAGGCGGCCAACAGAUAUUCGUUGGUAUUCGCAAGCAUCUGGAGUUGACUCAGAGACCUGGGGGACCUGAUGGGAAUAUCUCCAAGCCUCCACAGGUGAUGGAGGCAGUAUCAUGGGAGAUCAAUGAGGACGAGGAGGACGUCGCCUCAGAUGAGAGUCAACACGGGGCUUCGGCAUCUGAGUUCCAUCGUGUCAUUAUGGAGGUAGCUCAGAAUGCAUCGGAAUUCAAUCCGGCUGGAUAUGGCGUUGUCGCCAAAGGGGAUGUCGUUACGGUCACACCCGAGGCUGCGGAAGAACAGGCAGCAAAAGAGCAUUACAAGGAGAAAGAGUAUGAGAAAUCCGCUGAAUGGUCGCCGGCCUGGACUGAAUUCAUGAAAGAAGAGUAUCCGAAGCUGGACGCCAAGAAAACUCUCGAGGCUGCUAGUUGGCUACUCCAUAGGGUGGAUUCGGACGUGGCUCGAACCACGCCACUUGGCAUGGGGAGCUCUGAGGCUGAUCUCAUGCAGAAGUACAAGAAGGCAAUGAAGCAGAAGAGACGGCGUUGGCCCGAUUUCUCGACGGUGGUGGAGAUUCUUGAGAAGCUCCGUCUGACUACUAGGAUCGCAUCAAAUACCACCGAUUCGACAGGCUGGAUGAUUCUGUCAGCUGAGCACGCUAUGAAAUCCUCAUUCGGACGGUAUGGGCGGCCUGAGGAGUACCAUCCUGACGCCCCCUCGGAGGUGUCUCUCCUCGCGGAAAUGAUAAGUAAAGCUUGUCCGUUGUUCAAGCGAAUUUGGAUGCCAGAGAAGGCCUCUACAGGGACUGUACAGGCGGCAUGCCGAGUCCUCGAAUCAGCUCAUUUGGAUAUCACCAAGAGCGCUAAGACCGGCUUCCCGACCAAGUUUCUGCCAGAUGACUUCGUCCCCUUGGCGGCUUGGGUUUGCGCCGGCAGUUCCACUGGGCCUGGCUCGGUGAACUUUGGUGCUAUCGCACAGUUGCUGCAGACCGUGAUGCUCAAUUUACAGCAAUCACCUGGCCUUACAAGCAGCAUCAUACAAGAUCACAUAGCCGUGAUUCCACUAUGUGAAGUGCAAGUCAUCCUCGAAAUGCUGACACAGGGAGGUGCGGUGUAUACGGCCAGUGAAGAACUAGCCCCUCCUAUCGGGGCCUGUUGUGAGGCCCGUUUGUUCAGUACUGAGGAUGAGGAAUCUAAUAUUGAUGAUCCCGUCUAUUACCUCACUUUGCCAACGUAUUCUUAA